GCGCCGCGAGAAGGCGGAGGGGCUGGCGCUAUUUCGCGCCGUCGGGCUCCGUUUCGCCGCCUCGGCGAGUGUGUCUCUCAGUUUUGCUGGCUCUGUGUCCACGGCUGCAGUGCGGACAAUGCGGACGCCUCUGCGGUAACCGGCCGACUCUCUCGCCCCCGCACAUUGAUUGGAUGCAAUGCUGAAGUGACCGGUGGGUGAGCCAGAGACGAUGGCGGGCGAGUGUCUGGCGCGUCCGGCGGCCGAGCACUUUUCCAUGCGCUUUGAGUGGUUGUCCCUGGACGGCAGCCCGUGCCUCAACUACACGCUCAGGGUGAACCUGGUGGGCGGCGGGGCGUCCUACGCGCAGUGCCUAGACGACUCGGCGCCCUCGAGACGCUUUGAGCGCUUCGACGGGCCACCGUAUGUGGCCCACGUUCUCGGGGCUUUGCUGGUCAUGACCGUCAUUUUCAUCGUGUCCAUCGUCAGCCGGAGGCGCAGGUGGGGCGGCUGCAGCCGCGGACACGCUUGCUGGAGGCGGCGGUCGGUCAGUCCGACCCGAAACACCUCCAAAAGCAGCAGCAGGUCGUCCUCCGCCUCCAGCGUUGAGGCCAGCUUGCACGAGACGCCCCCAAACAUCCCCUUUUUGUCAGAGCCAUGGAAAACGUCAGAGAAAACAGAGGAUGACGAGAGCUUGAUACACAACUCGGAAGACGACGAGCAGGAAGAUCCGAAGGACUAUUGCAAAGGUGGGUACCACCCAGUGUCUAUCGGCGACCUUUUCCACGGCAGGUACCAUGUGGUGCGCAAACUUGGUUGGGGCCACUUUUCCACAGUCUGGCUUUGCUGGGAUCUGAUAGCAAAGCAGUUUGUGGCCCUCAAGGUGGUAAAGAGUGCAUCUCAUUACACGGAGACGGCGCUCGAUGAAAUCAAAUUGCUCAAAUGUGUGCGUGACAGUGACGCAAGUGAUCCUAAGAAAGACAAAACGGUGGCGCUACUGGACGAUUUCAAGAUCUCGGGGGUGAAUGGCACCCACGUGUGCAUGGUGUUCGAAGUGCUUGGCUCGAACUUGCUAAAACUCAUUAUCAGAAGUAACUACCAAGGCAUUCCUCUGUCAAACGUCAAACUCAUCAUCAAACAGGUGCUUGAAGGUUUGGAUUACCUGCAUACCAAGUGCAGGAUAAUUCACACCGAUAUCAAGCCAGAGAACAUAUUGCUGUGUGUUUCGGACAACUACAUCCAGAAAUUAGCUUCCGACGCGACGCAGUGGCAAAAAAUGGGCCUCAAACUGCCAGGAUCUCUAGUGAGUACGGCUCCGACGCCUCGGGAUGAGAAGAGCCAUCAUUCAUCUCCUGCGCAUUCUGUUAUCGAGGGUAGCAGUAUGGCGCCAAGACUGCACUUCCCAAAAGCAAACCUUCGACGAAAAAAGCUGAAGAGACGGCCAAAGGGGCAAUGUUCGUGGGUGGAGGAAGAGUUGAGGGCCACAGGAUCCGAGGGUGACUGCGAGUCCGACGGAGGCGCCACUGACCGCCUUUUGGACCGCAGUAACAGCGCUCUGGGGGCACUGACUUCGUGGGAGCUGCCAGGAGAACGGCUGCUCAGCUCCAGCAUAAGCGCCGGGGCCAUCAUUUCGUCAGUCAGGUCGAUCAUACAGGGAUCGUCGGAUAGCGCUGACAGCAGGAAAUUGAAAAAUUUCAUAGGCCUGGAGAACAGAAGAAGCUUUGCAGAAAUGGAGCAUGCGGAGAUUGUGGCUUCGGCGCAAAAUCAGGAAAACCCUGAGGAGCUCUGUAAUGGACAUGCAACGGUGAGAGAACGUACGCCUCUCAACCGAAGUGAAAGCCAAGCAAUGGAGGACACAAAGACGCCCAACACUUUGCUUCCUGAGGGUCAAUCAGAUAACACAUUCCGUAGGGUGGCGUCCUGUCCUGACCACAGGUCGCACAUCAUUAGUCAUCCCGACGCAGCGUUCGAGAUCUGUGAUGUCCAAGUCAAAAUAGCAGAUCUCGGAAAUGCCUGCUGGGUGGACCAUCAUUUCACUGAAGACAUCCAGACCAGACAGUAUCGCAGCCUGGAGGUCUUGUUAGGCGCAGGGUACAGCACUCCUGCUGACAUUUGGAGCACUGCUUGCAUGGCUUUUGAAUUAGCAACAGGAGACUUUCUCUUUGAACCCCACUCUGGUGAAGAUUAUUCUCGAGAUGAAGAUCACUUAGCACACGUCAUGGAGCUGCUCGGAAACUUGCCAGACCACAUUCUCUACGUAGGGAAAUACUCCAGGGAAUUCUUUAAUAAAAAGGGGGAGCUGAGACAUAUUACUAGAUUGAAGCCGUGGAGCCUGCUGGAGGUUUUAACAGAAAAGUACGACUGGGACCAAACAGACGCACAACAGUUUGCAGACUUCCUGCUCCCUAUGUUAGCUUUUGACCCAGACGAAAGGGCCACUGCGGCUGAGUGUCUUCGUCAUCCUUGGCUGCUCAAUUCGUCGUGAGUUGGAACUGCUGUUUCUUAUAUGUGGGGAGCUGUUAAUUUCUUCAAACAUGCUCCUUCCUCUUCAAAGACAAUCUCUGGAUUGCCGCAUCACUCAACGUCAAAGCUACUAAAGACCAUUUUGAAUUUGGUCAAGUGCAACUGGAAUUUUUUUGAAAAGUUGUAUCACUGGUUGAGUUUCUCAUUUUUCAAAUGGAAAAUUAAAAUAACUUUUCAGCCCUUUUAAAAACCGGAAAGCAGUAAAAACAAUACAAGAGAAGCAAAUUAAGACCAUAGGCGCUCUUUUUCAAAAGAGGCACUCUGAUAUUUUUGUAGCCGAUCACUUUGGACAAGUAAAAAAUAUUCUCAUAUCAUUCUCAUUGCUAUACGACUGUUUGUAAUAUUAUAAUAUAUAUAUAUACUUCUAAAUUACGAAUAGAAGGUUGAAACACACCUUCUGAGAAUACUGUAGCAGAGCUCGUCUCUUUCUCAAAUGGAACUUAGCCGCGUGCACUAUCGCUUUCCUUCAGCUUUUCUCAAACUGUCUCAGCCAGGGUAAUUAAGAAAAUAAUGAUGUGACUAUCAUUGUGUGCAGGACAUGCUUUUCGAGCAGCUAUGUGAGUAGAUCAGAGAAACUUUAUCUGUCAAAAGUCAAAUGUUUGUAGCCCAAUAACUGUUUUAAUAGAUUGCCCUUCGAGGCGAAUACUCAAACAACAUUUUCUUUGUAACAAUCAUUUUUAAACAUCUUAAAUUAUUUUUUGCUAAAUCACAAUGGAAGACUUCAUUUUAUUUUUUGAAAAUCAGCAUUGUCACAAUAUUAUUGUCUCACAACAGUCAUUACAUACAAGCUCUUGGCAUCUAAAACACAGUACAGCAUUUUUAUGCUUGAUAUCAGUUUAACAGUUUUGUAACACUUCUCAUCAUUGUAGUUUACCUUUUUAGAAAGAAAAUUUGGGUAAUUUAA